AGUGGCUUACCGACGUUCCCCCGACGUCGGCCGAAGUCCCCCGAGAGCUCGAGCAUCUGACGUCCCAUUUCUCCGUUCACAUCGGCAGCCGCGUGUUCCCGCGCAGCUUGCGUGGGCGUACGACAGCGCCUCGUCCCUCCAACCCUCCGCCAUAACGUCGGCGUCCCCCGCGGGCCAACGCGCGCAACAAAGAGCCCCCGACCUGCGCCCGAGUGCCGAAAAUACCGUCACGUGAGUAUCACCGAGGCGCCCCUCACCCCAGCGAGCUAUUUUCCAAUCUGCAACCGGAAUGUGUCAGUGCAGUCCCUCAGAUUCGAGAUUUAAAACCCCAAUUAUUCACCCACUUACGUGCAAUGACAUUGUCAUUGUCCUCGCGGCACGCCAAACCACUCAAAUCGCCUGAGACUGCGCGAAAAAACCGGUGAUUAAGGAGUGACUGGUGCCCCCUGAAAAUUCAGUCCACCGGUGGAUUCUCCGCAAUUCGCGUUGUCAGAAACUAACCUAGAAUCACCGAGUCCAAGGAGAUCCCACUGCUCCCCUCAGUUUUUUUACUUCACGUGUCAAUGAAAUAAUUCCCUCCGCGAAUAAAUUAUUCAGUGCGAUGAGUGUGCCAGUGUGUGCGCCAGUGGCCGAUAAUGAUCGAAUUGUGGCGUCUGUCAUCGACUCUCAAGACUGCUGAUCUCACAUUUUUGUUAUCCCCUUUGUUGCCGUAAAUCAUGAAUUUGAGGCGUGCGUGGCAUUUCUGAUGAUGCAAUUGGAGUAAACUGAUGAGUGAGUGACACGCAGAGGGGGGAAGGGGUAAGAGUGCGGAUCAAGUGCCAUUGGGGGUUCAUACAUUUUCCAUCAACUGCUCCAUGAAGCAUUCUGGAGACAACAGCGGCCAAGCACGUCGCCGACGGCGAGUUUUUGCUUGGCUAUCUGCACCCAUUUUCCAAAGCAAUAUUCCAAUGGAACUCAUCUAGUUUCCCCACCAGAAUCGCCAUAAAUCCCACCCUAAUUGCCAUAAAAAAUAUCAAAAGUCUACAAAAUACCAUAAAAAAAUAUAUCAACGACUGAGUACCAUUUUAUAUUUAAUCCUAAAAUGUUUUUAACAAGCCCAAAAAAUAACAUCACAAGUAUAAUCCCAAUAAACCGAUCGAGCGAGCAAAAACGGGUGCACAAGCAAAAAUUCACAAGUUAAAACGGGCGAAACAAGCAAAAAAAAUCUAAAAAUUAACAAUUAAUAGUAAGAUGCAAGCCAAAAAGCGUUAUCUGUUGUUAUUCGUGACAUGCGCAUUUCUCGGCUACUGUUACUUCGGUGGUUAUCGUUUAAAAAGUUCAAGCUGGCCAGAGGAUAAAAAAUUAUAUAUAAAUAAUAUGCCAUCAUAUUUAACGAUAAAUGAAAAUUUUUAUGACAAAGAUAUACGCACGAGUGGUGUUAACACACUGUUGUAUAAUACAGUGAAAAAUUGCCGUAUGGAUACGUGUUUUGAUUAUACAAAAUGUAAAAAUGGAUUUACAGUGUAUGUUUAUCCAGUUGAGGAUACGAUAAGUCCUAUUUACCAAAAAAUAUUGAACGUUAUAACGGAAUCGCGUUAUUACACAUCGGAUCCGGGUAAAGCGUGUUUGUUUGUUCUGUCCCUGGAUACACUUGAUCGUGAUCCAUUGUCCAUUGAAUUUGUACGUAAUAUGCCGACAAAAUUGAUGAGAUUGCCGUACUGGAAUGAUGGAAGAAAUCACUUGAUAUUCAAUCUUUACUCAGGCACUUGGCCAGAUUAUUCGGAGGACUCGUUGGCAUUUAAUAUCGGUUAUGCCAUGUUGGCUAAGGCCAGCAUGUCCACCUCACGUUUGAGACCUGAAUUCGAUGUGUCUGUACCACUAUUCUCCAAACAACAUUUGGAGAGGGGCGGUGAGCCUGGUCAAGCGGGUGAAAAUAAUUUUCCAAGUGCCAAGAAGUAUCUUGCUGCUUUCAAGGGGAAGAGAUAUGUUCAUGGCAUUGGAUCGGAAACCAGAAAUGCUCUUUACCAUUUGCAUAAUGGCAAGGAUCUUGUUUUUGUUACUACCUGCAGGCAUGGCAAGAGCUGGCGGGAACUGCAGGAUGAACAUUGCCAGCAGGAUAAUCAGGAAUAUGAUACGUACGACUAUGAGGUGCUCUUGCUGAACUCAACAUUUUGCCUGGUGCCACGAGGCAGAAGACUCGGCAGCUUCAGGUUUCUGGAGGCACUCAGAGCUGGAUGCAUUCCUGUGAUUCUAAGUAAUGGAUGGGCAUUGCCAUUUCACGAGAGAAUUGACUGGACUCAGGCUGUUAUUUUCGCCGACGAGAGGCUGCUGUUACAAAUACCUGAUAUUUUGCGAUCAGUAUCGAAUAGUCAAAUACUCCAAUUGAGGCAGCAGACACAAUUUCUCUGGGAGAGAUAUUUUUCGUCUAUUGAGAAAAUCAUCUUUACUGUUUUUGAGAACGUGAGGGAGAGGUUACCAUGGGAGGGCAGUCGUGAAAAAUUAACGUGGAAUACAUAUCCUGGUGCAUUAGCCAUUUUACCACAAUUUUCUGAUAGCCAGCAGGAGUUACCAUUCUCAAAUCAUGAUCCAGGCAAUCAGUUUACUGCCAUUAUCUACUCCCAGCUGGGGUCAACUGCUGUUCUUUAUCGUCUAUUACGAAGCGUCGCGAAGAGUAAAUAUUUAGAUAAGAUAAUUUUAAUGUGGAAUUCUGACAUUCCUGUACCGAGGAGACCACGUUGGCAGGGGAUAAGGGCGACGAUCCAUGUCAUUGUUGCUAAUGGCAUCUCUCAGCGGUUCUAUCCACAUCCGCAGAUCAAGACUAGUGCCAUAUUAUCACUGGAUGAGGAUGCUACGUUGAAUACUGAUGAGAUUGACUUUGCCUUCGUCGUGUGGCAGUCAUUCCCGGAUCGCAUCGUUGGAUAUCCAGCCAGAUCCCAUUAUUGGGAUGAUUCGAAGCGAUCAUGGGGUUAUACAAGCAAAUGGACAAACGACUACAGUAUAGUCCUGACAGGUGCGGCAUUCUAUCAUCGUUACUACAAUACUCUUUACACCGAGUUACUGAGCUCAACUCUCCACAAGACAGUAGAACAAUCCCAGAAUUGUGAGGAUAUACUCAUGAAUUUUUUGGUGAGCCACGUGACGCGGAGACCUCCCAUCAAGGUCACCCAGCGUAAACUGUACAAAGACACAACAGCAGCUGGAAUAAGAUCCUCGUGGAAUGAUCCGGACCAUUUUAUUCAACGUCAGACCUGCAUGAACACAUUCGUAGCUGUUUUCGGUUACAUGCCCCUCCUGCGUUCAAACAUGAGACUGGAUCCUGUGCUGUUCAAAGACCCCAUGGAGUCUUGGGCCUGGGCUCCUGUCAUCCUGAUCUCCUCAAUCAUUUUCCUGUCCUCACGUCCUGAUCCAGUCUGUCCUUUAUCGAUGGAGUCUUGGGCCUGGGCUCCUGUCAUCCUGAUCUCCUCAAUCAUUUUCCUGUCCUCACGUCCUGAUCCAGUCUGUCCUUUAUCGGUGAGUAUUUCUCCUUUAUUUCAAGGAUAUCCAAGUGAGAAGGGCCCGGAAAUUAAAUUAGUUUUUGAAAAAUCACGUGUUUGGACAUUUUUUACGAAACACGCCUCAAGUUCCACCGGGCGGGGACUGUCAAGGUCAGUUAGUGUAACACAUGCUGGGAAAAAUCUGUUCAAUCAACAGAUAUUUAAUUAUUGACGUUCGUUUUUUCGGGGUUUUAUGUAACGCAUGUAGUUUUGUUGAUUGGAUUUCAUCAAGGCUAUUCGAAUGGAACACAGCUGAGUAAUGUCGAU